AUGAUUUGCCCUUAUAAAUGUGAUGAAGAUUGUAUAGAAACCCUCCUGACCGAUGGGUUAUUGCUGUCUAUAGGAUGUGUGGUGAUCUCUUUAAUGAUAUCAUUGUAUUUAAUUAUUAGACACCUAAUGAAUUUCAAUAUGCCCUUUUUUCAAAGUAAAAUCAUAAGUACCAAAAUAAUCUUUAUACUAUUAGUUAUACUCAUGAUGGCACCUUUUUAUGGAUUAAUUUCAAUAAUGUCGAUGGAAUUUCAUGGUUUAGCAUCCUAUUUCGAAUUGGUUCGUGAUAUUUAUUUGGCUUUUCUGUUGUUCACAUUUUUCUACCUUAUGUUCUCUUAUAUGGCAUAUAAUCCAGAGGAUAAACAAUUAUACGAUGAUCGCGUUUAUCAAACAAUGAUUGAACAUGAAAAAGAAAUACAUCAUUUGUGGCCGGUUAAUUACUGUACUGAAAGAUACCUAUUAACUACGAAGGCUAAAGCUAAGUAUUUCACUUAUAGAUGCAAGAAAUUUGUUCUUUAGUAUUGUGUUGUGAAACCUGUUCUCACUAUUUUAAUCAUAGUUUUGCACCCAUUUCAUCAUAAGUUAUACGCAUAAAGAUUGAUGUCAAGCUUUGAAUUUAUCAUCAUAACGAGUGAAACAUUCUCACUCUAUUACCUAAUUUUGUUUUAUUAUGCACUAAAGCAUCCUUUACAACCAUACAAACCAUUACUCAAAUUCUUGAUUAUAAAAGUAACGUUAUUUUUUACCUUCUGGUAAUCGUUAACCCUAUCAAUUUUUGAAGAAGAAAUUUCAAGCUGUUUUGAACCAGAUGAAGCAAAAUAUAGCAGUGCUACAAUCAUAAGUGCCAUAGAAAACACUCUAGUUUGUGUAGAAAUGCUUUGCAUGACUCUUGCAAGUAUUUUUGCCUUUGCUUACAGAGAUUUUAUAUCUGAAGAUGAAAAUAAAGUUGGAACGCUUGGCUAAGUAUUAACAGAUAAUUGGAAAGCAUUCUAACAUGAUUUUAGAUUAAUAAAACCAAAGAAAUUUGGAUUUAUAUCAAAAGUGCAUGAAAUUGAAAUGUAUAACAAAAGAACUUCAGAAAAUUAAGAAUUUGAAGUCACAUUUACAGGCGAUUACCAAAGAUUAAGCAAGGCAAUAGAUGUUCAAUAUAUAUGA